CGCAGGCCGCCCCCGCCUGGUGCAGCCGUUGGCGGUGUCACCGCACCAAAAGCAGUGGAUGUGACAGGGGAGCUCACAUUGUUGCUUACCCACCAAAAGGAAGACCAGUACAUCAUCAUAAAGAGCGACGGCGACAGUGUACCCAUUGCGCUGGGCUAUAAACCCCCCACGACGGACGACAGUGGGCAGCCUGUGACCCGUGGAGCGCUUGUGACCAUCGUGAAUCCUGCGGGAUCACCGGGGGUAUGUUCUGGCCGCACCGGCAACCAGCGCUCGACAUGCUACAUGAAUGCACGGCUGGGCACCUGUGAACCUGUUCCGGGCACGAAAACCAUCGUCUUAUCGGCGAUGCCACAGCUCUUAUUUCCCGACAAGGGCGCCAUCAUCAAUCAACGGCUGCUAGUAAUGAUUAUGGACUAUUCGAGCUGCGGCGUAGCCCCUACGAUGAGCGUGAACGAAGUGCGGAAUAUCUAUUUGGGACCGCGAGGGGACGGUAGCGGCGGUAUCGCACAAAAAUACACGCAGUGCUCAAUCGGCAGGUUCAACCUGAACGCCACAGCGUUCACAGCGAUCAUUAUUAAUGGCACCUGCCAAAAUGGAACGGCUAUAGAAUGCAAUUCUCAUCUUAUGGGUAUGGAGGCCAGAGCCAAAGCGAAGACGCUGCUGGGGGAGACGGCGUUUUCAGACUUCACCCAAAGGACCUACUUGCUGCCGGGCUCCUUUAAAUGUGGUUUCAUUGGCUUAGCAAACCUUGGAACCAUUUACCCGGCAUUGGACUCCUGGCUGUUGGCUAUGGACAAAAGUGUGUACCGCUGGGCGACCGUCAUGCAAGAGACCCUUCAUAAUUUUGGUCUGAGGCACUCAUACCAAUAUCAAAGAGAGUAUGCAGAUUUCUCAACCGCUAUGGGGAGUGGAAACGCCUGUCCCAACGCUGUUGAAAUGGCCUUCUUGGGCUGGGCCACCCCUGCGGAAGGCGGAGGCCAACUCGAUUCCACCGAGCUGCCGGUGGGCAUCGUCCGCAGCUUCACUCUGCCCGCCACCUACCUGAAGUCGGAAGGAAUCUACCUUCGGGUUACCCCCGACUGGUUGCCGACGUACAUCAACCCGCACAAAUCCAAGAACCUGUACAUUGCUGUACGAGUCAACAAGAAUGGCGACGUGGAGCUCAAAAGGCCAUAUGCGGACGCAGUAAAUGUCCACGAGAUCUAUUCAACUGAGGACUACAACCCUGAAUUCUUCCUCUUGGAUCCCAUCAUUCAAUUCCUCACCGCAAUUGUACCCGGCAGUGUAGCCAAUUUGACCGACUAUAACCUCGUCGUGUACGCCGGAUCUUGGGUCAGCCUGGACACUCUCAGAGUGCAUAUCUGCCGCUACACAUCUACUCCUCAGGAAUGCCCCGGCCUGAGAUCGCUGCCACCGUCACCGAGGCCACCAGCACCGCCGCUAAAGCCAAGACCGCCAACGCCAAGUCCGAAGCCGCCGAACCCCCCUCAGCGUUCACCACCGCCC